UUUGUAGUGAUGAUUGCUCUCCGCGUGUAUCCGUGUGUUGUAUUGAUCCAUUUCUUUACCUUAGCUGUGCUACAGGGACAGGACACAGGCGUAACUGAAAUCGUAGAUGUGUUGUUUACGAAGAAACUAUGCAAUAGGAUUAAGUGUUUGCCCGUCCAGAAAUGCACCGAAGGAUUCUUGGACGACAGUGGAUGUUGUCCCGUGUGUCGUGGAGUGGCUAAGGACGGUGAACCAUGCUGGAAUGUGCCUGUUCUUUUCGACGGGUCCCCCUCAUCUCGUUGUGCAGUAGGCCUUGUCUGUAAGGGUGGCGUCUGUGUUGAGAGUUACCAUGAAGGUCACAGUUUUGACAUGUGUGAAGCAAAACGGCGACGCCGUCUGCUGUUGCAAACAGAAGGUUUGAUCUCACAGGAGGCGUGGAUACCGGAGUGCGAUCCUCUAGGAAAUUACAUCGCCAAACAGUGCAAGCGACACAAAUGCGUCUGCGUGGACGAUGCGGGACGCACAAUUUUCGGACAAGCACCGUUGGAAAUGGCUGAGAACAUGACGUGCGCAUGCGCUCGGAAGAUGGCGUCGAUUAUGGGAUCAAACUUGUCUACCUGGAUGGUGGAGCCUCAGAUUCAUUGCGACACCCAAGGGAAUUUCAAAGAACUUCAGUGUCAGGGCGUCCUGUGCUACUGCGCUGAUCCCAAGACAGGAGAACCACAGGGAAUGGUUGUCUCCAUCAAGCAACUUAACCUCCUUCCCUGCUAUGAUGCCAAAAAGGGCGACUACUUGAGCGCAUGUGAAAAGGAGACGGUGCGCAUCCGACGUCUAAUUCACGAUUUUGGAAGGAAGGGCCAAACUCUGGUUGGAAUAGAGAGCCCUGCUUGCGACAUCGACGGAAGCUUCGCCAGUGUGCAGUGCAGUCAUCCAGAUAAGUGUGUCUGCAGUAGCAGAGAAGGUUCGUCGUUGAAGAGUUAUGCCCAUGCCUUCAAGGAAAGAGCGACAAGGGGCGAGAUGGACUGCAACUGUGCUCUCGACGAGUACGACAUUGAACGGCAAUUGGUUCAAUUGCCUCACUGGAGUUGUGACCAGUACGGCAACUACGACAGAGUACAGUGCGUUCUGGAUCGCUGUUACUGCAUCGAGAGUGACGGGUCCAUCUUGCAGUCCUUUCCGUAUGAGAAGGACCUCGGUGCUGGUCAGCAGGAACGGGACAAACUACAGCAACGUUGCGCUGCUACAGAUGUCAGCCUCUAUUGUUCCGUCGAAAGAUUUGCUCAUGACACAAUCUGUACUACGUAACACAUAAACGCUUGCCUGAAAGGGAACCUCAUUAAAUCCGAAUGAAAAACAGGAAACAAUAGACAAUUUCCUGUUGUGCGACGUAUAAUUUGCCGACGGUUGACUGUUUCUUGACGUUUCACAUAUGUGCAGGCUCGAGCAGGUGAGGUCACGGCGUAGGUCCUGGACCACAGUCUAGAAACUUUAAAACGAGAUCAGGUUUAUGCGUAGUUAGUGUUCUGUCUUGCGUUCUAUGGUGUUUUAUGCAUUGAGAUUUUUUGUGACGGCGGUCACACCUCACGGAGUCAUUUAGCGCUUGUACGCAGCGCACACCUUGUUUGUCUGGUAGUAUUUGUACUGCAGUUUCAAUAACAUAUUUUCACCUGACCUCCGCAUAUAUGAAUGGUAUAUGAAUGUUGAAAUACAUGUACACACAUGUACGUGCCCAAAAUCAG